CCGUCUUUCACGAAAAAUCUUCCGUAGCACUUAUAUACACUCUCUCUUCCCCCAUUUCUUCUCCUUUCUCUCUCUCUCUCCUCUCUCCCUCGUGAUCGUGGACGCUUCAGCUUUCUGAGAUCUUGCCCUCUCUUUCCUCCUUUCUCUCUCAUCAUCAUCGUGAAAGAUGGGGCUGUCAUUUACCAAACUAUUUAGUCGGCUUUUUGCCAAGAAGGAAAUGCGUAUCCUUAUGGUCGGUCUCGAUGCGGCUGGUAAAACUACAAUCUUGUAUAAACUCAAGCUGGGAGAGAUUGUCACCACCAUUCCUACCAUCGGAUUUAAUGUUGAAACUGUUGAAUACAAGAACAUCAGCUUCACCGUGUGGGAUGUCGGGGGUCAAGACAAGAUUCGUCCAUUGUGGAGACAUUACUUCCAAAACACCCAAGGACUCAUCUUUGUGGUUGACAGUAACGAUCGUGACCGUGUUGUUGAGGCUAGGGACGAGCUGCAUAGGAUGUUAAAUGAGGAUGAAUUACGAGAUGCAGUGUUGUUGGUGUUUGCCAACAAGCAAGAUCUUCCAAACGCAAUGAAUGCUGCUGAAAUAACGGACAAGCUUGGCCUUCAUUCUCUACGUCAACGACACUGGUACAUACAGAGCACAUGUGCCACCUCUGGAGAAGGGCUUUACGAGGGACUUGACUGGCUUUCAAACAACAUCGCUAGCAAGGCCUAAAAGAAAAACGCUUAACGUAGCUGUUAUCAGAAAAGAAGCCGGGAGUAUAGGCAGAGGAUUGUCAUUACUGCUAGUGUUGUGCUACCCUCUUUAUUUUUGCAAUUAUAUGUUCUCAUUUUUGGUUGCUACCUUGACAAGGAUAUUUUUCUGGUGUUCAUGUUGACUUGUUAUAAUACCAUACUUUUUAGUUGAUGAGCUA